AUGGCCGCUCCUACUAGCAGCAUCGGUCGCAAGACUACAUCAACCAAGGACUUGGGCCAUGUGCUCGUCACUGGAGGAUGCGGCGGACUGGGCACACAAAUCAUCAACCUCCUGCUUGAACGCAAUGCAUGCACCAAGCUCUCGGCCAUGGACUUGAGGCCUGCCGCCGAACCCAUCAAGGGCUGCGAGUACCACUUCGGAGAUCUCACCAACGAGGGUGCCAUGCGCGAGUUGUUCAUCAAAAUCAAGCCCAGCAUCGUCAUCCACACAGCCAGCCCCAAGUUCAACAUGGCCAAUGAGAUCUUGUACAAGGUCAACGUCGACGGAACAAAAACUCUCCUUCGUGUCGCCUCCGAGACUGGUGUCAAGGCCUUUGUCUACACCAGCAGUGCCAGUGUCAUCAGCGACAGCUCGACUGACCUGAUCAAUGCCGACGAGACAUACCCUCUUGUGACUGGCAAGGCGCAACCCGACUACUACACCAACACAAAGGCCCUUGCCGAAAAGACGGUGCUCGAAUACAACCGCCCCGCUUCCAACCCUCGUUUCCUGACCUGCGCUCUCCGUCCCUCUGGUAUCUUCGGUGUCGGCGACCAGACUCUUCUCCCCCCUAUGCUUGGAGCAUACUACAAGGGUCAGACCAAAUUCCAGCUCGGCGACAACACCAACCUCUUCGACUUCACCGAGGCCACCAAUGUCGCACAUGCCCAUCACCUGGCAGCAGCAGCUCUCCUGACAACCUACGAGCGUGAAGAGCAGGGACAAAUUGCUCCAUUGAGCCACGAGAAGGUGGAUGGCGAAUCUUUCUUCAUCACAAACGAUUCUCCCAUGUACUUCUGGGACUUUACCCGUACCGCAUGGAAGGAGUGCGGCGACACAACCACGCCCGCCCAGGUGUGGACCAUCCCUAAGGACUUCGGUCUGUUCAUUGCAACACUGUUCGAGUACAUUUUCUGGAUCUUCCAGCUGGGUGUGCCGAACCUUACCAGACAGAAGGUCAAGUACAGCUGCAUGACGAGAUACUACAGCAUUGAGAAGGCCAAGAGAAGAUUGGGCUACAGACCUGUGGUGGGCGUCACCGAGGGUCUCAAGAGAGGCGUGGCAGAUGCUAUCAGAAGAGGAGCGAUACCCGGCAGCCCUGAAGAGGCGCAGCGCCUGAAUGCAGAGUCAAAGAAAGCUCAGUAG